GCGUCAACAAAGUGAUUCUGAAUUUGCAACUCUGUUACUGGAAUCAAAAGCCAACACUAAGGAAGAGAAAAUCCAUUCUGGAGAGACUCUUCUUCAUUGCCUCACCCUAUGGAGGAACCAGCACUGCCCAUCCACAUUGAGGAGGGGACAAACGUUCCAACGGAAAGCAAAAAUAUGGCAACAAAGGAGAAGCUUCAGUGUUUGAAAGAUUUCCAUAAGGACAUCCUCAAGCCUUCUCCUGGCAAAAGCCCUGGAACUCGGCCUGAGGAUGAGGCAGAGGGGAAACCACCACAGCGUGAGAAGUGGGCAAGCAAGAUUGACUUUCUGUUGUCUGUGGCUGGAGGAUUUAUCGGCUUGGGCAACGUGUGGCGUUUUCCGUAUCUCUGCUACAAAAAUGGCGGAGGUGCAUUUCUCAUACCUUAUUUCAUUUUUCUUUUUGGGGGUGGUCUUCCUGUGUUUUUUCUGGAGGUGGCACUAGGACAGUAUACCUCCGAAGGAGGAAUUACGUGCUGGGAAAAGAUCUGCCCUAUUUUCACCGGAAUAGGUUAUGCUUCCAUCGUGAUUGUUUCACUUUUGAAUGUGUAUUACAUCGUCAUCCUGGCUUGGGGACUAUACUAUCUGUUCCAUUCUUUUACAAGUGUCCUGCCCUGGUCUCACUGUCAUCACACGUGGAACACGGAUUCCUGUGUGGACGAUACUCUCAGGAGGAACAAAACACUCUGGCUGUCUAUGAAUGUCACCAACUUCACAUCUCCUGUCACAGAGUUUUGGGAGCAAAAUGUAUUGAGCUUGUCUCCAGGAAUUGAUGAUAUUGGUGUUGUCAAGUGGGACCUGGCUCUCUGUCUCCUCCUCAUCUGGGUGAUAUGUUUCUUCUGCAUUUGGAAAGGUGUCAAGUCCACUGGGAAAGUUGUGUACGUAACAGCAACAUUCCCAUUCAUCAUGCUUUUCGUACUGUUAAUCCGUGGUGUCACUUUACCUGGAGCAGCAACUGGCAUCAAGUUUUAUCUUUAUCCUGACAUGGCUCGGUUAGCUGAUCCUCAGGUCUGGAUAGAUGCUGGGACACAAAUCUUCUUCUCCUAUGCAAUCUGCUUAGGUGCAAUGACUUCCUUGGGGAGCUACAACAAAUACAAAUACAACUGCUAUAGGGACUGUAUGCUGCUGGGAUGCCUGAACAGUGGUACCAGUUUUGUGUCUGGCUUCGCAAUUUUUUCCGUCCUGGGCUUCAUGGCACAAGAGCAAGGGGUGGACAUUGCUGAGGUGGCAGAGUCAGGUCCAGGACUGGCCUUUAUUGCCUACCCGAAAGCUGUGAGCAUGAUGCCACUGCCAACUUUUUGGGCUAUUCUUUUUUUUAUUAUGCUUCUUUUGCUUGGCCUGGAUAGCCAGUUUGUUGAAGUUGAAGGACAGAUCACAUCAUUAGUUGAUCUGUACCCAUCCUUCCUAAGGAAGGGUUACCGACGGGAAAUCUUCAUCGCUAUAGUGUGCUUCCUCAGCUAUAUUCUGGGACUAACUAUGGUGACUGAAGGUGGCAUGUAUGUGUUUCAACUCUUUGACUACUAUGCAGCUAGUGGUGUAUGCCUCUUGUGGGUUGCAUUCUUUGAAUGCAUUGCUGUAGCCUGGGUUUAUGGCGCUGAUAAUAUUUACGAUGCCAUCGAAGAUAUGAUUGGUUAUAGGCCUGGUCCAUGGAUGAAAUGGAGCUGGAUGAUAAUCACACCAGUUCUUUGCAUGGGAUGCUUUAUCUUUUCUCUGGCCAAGUAUACACCAUUGACCUACAACAAGGUGUACAUAUAUCCUGACUGGGCAAUUGGCCUAGGCUGGGGUCUUGCUCUCUCUUCUAUGAUCUGCAUCCCUCUAGUUAUGGUCAUUCGCAUAAUACAGUCGGAUGGGUCUCUCAUUGAGAGGGUGAAAGCUGUUGCUGCCCCACGCGAACUGAACCGGUGGGCCAGGGAAUCGGAAAGUGCUGUCCCGUUCUAUCCUGCUGCCGUGGCCAACGGGGGACUGAUCAAGCCAACUCAUAUCAUCGUGGAGACUAUGAUGUGAGCUCUCUCUCUAUGAGAGGAAGACACCUGCUUUAAAACUGCCGUUUACUAACCAUAGAAUCUCUCAUAGGACCAGGUUUACAGAGCUUUAUAUUUGCACUAGGUUUAUUUUUAUUUCUCACAGAGAAAGUUAUUUUUUGUGUGUUUUCGGUUUUUAUUUUUUAAUAUUUUGUAAAGUAAAUCACAGCAGAUGCCUCUCACUCUAUUUAGAGGCAGAAUUUUCAUAUCAAAUUAGGCACAUUACAGGAUUACUAGUUUUUUUUCCCCACACACACAUAACAUAUCUAACUCCUAUUCAUCAUUUCUGGCCACUUAUGUUGAUUUUCUUGCCAGCAAUAUACACAGGCGCGCGCGCACACACACACAGAGGGAAAAAAUAUGCAUCUACAAAUCUCAUAUAUCUUUAGGUGCUGGUAUGGUUGGGAACAGGGUAAAAUUUUAAAUUUAUUUUUUUUAAAGCAAAUCUUCCAGUGAAGGGAUUUGCUUUUUUAAAAGAUAGAUAGCAUGCAUAUGUUACUUUAAGAAGCUGGUUUUCAAAGGUGUAGCAUUUUCUUCCUCUGGUUCAGGUGGGGAGACUUACAACAGGCAAAAGGGUACAUGCUUUCGGGCUUGCUGUGGUCCGUGUCAGACUAUAAGUGCAGGUGUGUAGAACUGGAAAAUAGGGUGUAAGGUGGUAACAGUUAAUGAACCAAGGGAGCAAUCCGAGUGACAGCCAUUUCUGAGUACAGCGCAUGUGUGAACAGUCUGUACAAGGGUAAGAGGCAUGCUUUGGAGGCAUUUUUUUGCCCAUUACUUACUUCUCUGGGCCACUUUCUAGAUCUCAGAAGUCCUUUCCCAAGUCAGCCCUGUGCCUAAUAAUCUACCCCUGGAAGGGUUUACAUGCCUCAGUCUCUGAGAAACACAAUCAUACAGCUGAGUUGCUUCAAAAAAAAUGUUGGAAGACAAGCGUUUCUCUGAAAAGCACCUGUAUGUCUGGUUGCUUUCCAUAUUAUAUUUUUAGACACGGGAGUGACUUGACAUAACUCAUUGCUAGACAGUGUCAGAAAGUGACCCACUUUUCAUAGGCUCCUUGCUGUACUCAAGACAAACUGGUAUUGACUUGAAUUUUUUUAGAACACUAGGGUGGUGUCAAAGAGCACAUAUAAAUGCUGAAUUUACUACAAAGAAAUGCUGCAAAAGUGCUGUGCAAUUCCAAAAGUUGCUUAAAACUCCCAAAUUUGCCAAAAUUUGUUGUUAUCAGGAAAUGCAAAGGAAUAUUGGGCACUGUGACGAUACCAGCCAGGCCAGGUUCCUAAUUUCAUAAUGAGAACACAGCUGGAACCACUGCAGAGGAAGCUUUUAUAGCGAGGCAGAUUCAGAAGAAAAGAGAUGGUUGUAGCUCUUAAAUCGUGAUCUCUAGAAGAGGAGGAGGAGGAAGCGCAAGGAGAUGGACUGAGUUGCAGAGACAUUUUAGUUUGGAUAAAAGUGCAAAAGUACUUGAACAAGAUUUCUAUAGGUAAAUUAAAUAUUAAUAAUUUUCCUACUUAACUUAGAAAUAAGGAUUUGCUUCUAGUAAACUCAUGUCAGAUUUUGCCAAGCCUGGGUUUUGUUGGUUUGUUUCUUUAAUCAUCCUCACAUUCUGUGUUGGAUAAAGUUUCUAGUCCCUUCUAUAUGGGCAUUUUUCUUGGGAGGUGUCGCCUUCUGAAUGAGUAUUGGUACUAACUAUAAUAUUGGAAGUAUUAGAAGCCAGAAAUAGCAGUUUUCACAUAUAUAUAUAUAUUAAAAAUAAUCUAUUGCCAGUUUAGUCUGUCAGUGACAGAUGCUGUAGUAUAAACUGGAGCCUAGCCAGUAUUUAAACAUUCCUAAAUGCAUUUUUAAAAAAACAGCCACAGCACAUUGGCUAUGCACUUGCUUACUAAGUCAUGUCAUUUUUUAAAAAUAAAAUGGAAGGGAUAUCUUCAAAAUAAGGACCAAAGCACAGCAGUUUCAACUGUCUUGUACAGCGGAUGUUUCCGUAGUUGGAGACUGCGAUUUGUUGCACAUUAGGGAGCUGCGCUUUCAGUAACGCAAAUAGGUGAGAUCAGGGUGCUUUUGUUUUCCAGUGACCGUUCUUACUAUGAGAUCUGUAAAUCCAACACUGCCAGGGGUAGCUUGAGGAUCAUGCAAGUGUCCUCAGCAGACCCCAGCCCAGUGGUAAUUGUUAUCUAUCUGCCUGCUGAAAAGCCUGUGAAUACGUUAACCAGGAAAAGCAAGGCAGCUGAGAAGAAGUUACCAUUUCCCUUAAUUUCUGCUAGGGCACUGAGGAACAUGUAGUCCAACACCAAAGCAAGGCUUCAAUGUAAUUCAAUGAAAUUUAGGUCAGAUGCUUAAUCUUUCAUUCAUUUGAUCUGGGAAUAAGAGCUCAGUCGGGAGGUGUUUUUUUUUUUUUUUAAAGUGAGGAACAUCCUACUUCUCUUGACUUGCCUAGUGCAUGUUGCCAAUUUUGUUAACAAUAAUGAAAGGAGUUCAGAAUUUCAAAAGCAGCCAAUUCACCAGGUAAACAUCUGUGUCAACCAAGGUAUGCUUUGAGUAGAACAAACCAGAGAAUCUCAGCACUGUUCCUGUAGAGUUCCAGCUAAGGCAGAGGAGAACCCAGUCCCAUUUGGAUAAGCUGUGCCAUUAGAAUCAGUUGCUUCCAUGUCAGGCAUGAAGAGGUUAUUUAUGCAUGCACAGAGUGACCUUAAAAGAUACUCUGGCUGUUUAGGCUUAACCGCAAAAGUAAAGCUAGGAUUCAGGGAAAGAAGUUCUAAAAUUACCAUGUAACACAACCAGAUUCAGUCCCAGUUUUCUGUUCUAAGGAGCACAUUUUCACAUCACACAGUUUCUGGAUAAUAGAAUGUGGUAAAUCUGAAUGUCAAUAACAGAUUAUGCCAAAUUAAAGAGGAAGGGGUGGGGAUGGUAGGGGAAUGUUGUAAACAACUGCUUGUAUUUUCUACUUAUUUAUGAUUGUAAAAAAAGAAAAAUCUGAUUUUUUUUUCUAAUUUACUUUGUAGAACUUUGUGGCCUAUUUUAUCUGUCAUUUGUAACUGAGAAGUUAAAUAUUCAGUAUUGUGACUGUUGGUGAGCUGGUCUGGAUAUUGGGGGGUGUGGGUGGGAGGGUGGAAUCAACUGAGUGUUUAUUCGAAGAAACACUUUCAUUUUCCAAAAAAAGAAGUUGAGGCGGGGAGCACCUUUAAUGCUUUGUGGGUUCCUUUACUGGUUUGGCUGAAAUCCAGAACUAGCAAGGCAUACAGGCUCAUGCAUAAUUAAAAUCAGCAGAUUAUACGCUUCUUUGCAGAGUAGUUGCAAGAGUUUUUCGAAACAUGCAUUCUGCUCUUAAGGAAAUCUUCCAAACUGUCAACUUUCAUUCAUAAUCUAAUUGGAUGUUAUCAAUAAUAUAACUAAUAGUGUAUAUUCUACUGUUUAUACCAAGUAAAUGUGCUGUAUUUAUGCCUACUACUUACAUCUUGACCCAAAUCUUUGUAUUUGGAUUCUGGUCCAGCUUAACCCACAAGGUAGAAUGAGAAUUGGAGCACAAAAGUCCCAGCCAAAAACUUGAAUGUUUUGUUACCGGAAUUGUCUUGUGAGACAGGCGGGGGGUGGGAGGGCAUAGAGAAGUGGUGGCUGGAGGGACAGGUGGAGGCACCAGUGCUUCCAGCAGAAGAAAACCUGUGGCAAAUGAGCACAGCACUUAGCACAACAGAGAGCACAGCAUUGCACAUAAACAAUGGAAACAACAGUCUGCUUAAAGAGGAACAGCUAUACUCUGCAAUUUGACCCUAGCCAUAGUUCCUUGAAAGAAAAUUGCAUUGAGACUGAUGCCACCUAUUUGGGGACUGAAGGUGAGUGGGAACCAAAUCCAGGCUGGAGUCCAAGGACAGGCCGCCUUACUAACACAUAAUGGGCCAAGUCUUCCACCACCAAUAGCUGAAAACUCCCUGGCCUGUUCACAGCUGAGGCUCAUCCUUUCCUCAGGUGGAAUUCAAGCUUUCACUUAGGAUUAUUGAUCGAGAAAGGUUUGGAAGUUGCCAGGGCAUGACUGUCAGGAUCCUGUAUUGGACUGUUUGAAUCUAGAGUGCAGACAUAUGUAGUUGUGCUACUUGCUUGGCAGUAAGACUGCAGUUUUUGAUUGUAGGAGGCUGGGGUACAAAUUAGAUGAAUAAAUAAAUAGUUUCAUAGUCUGACUGUUGACGAAGCUAAGGGUUUUUGUACCUGUCUCUGCCCACUCCCCCUUAAAAAGGAACCACAGACACCCCAGGGAUGCAUUUUCACUCAAGCCAAAAGCACUUUGAUUUAAGCCAGGUCUGUUAAUUCCAAUGAUACACACAAGUCAACAUUUAGGGGAAGGUCAAGUUUUUUGUGACUGGUGUCUUUGUCACACAGUAAAAACAACCAAUUCUGGAUUAUCUGCUGAGACAAAAAGGGAGGGGGGGGGAGAUAAAACUGCAAGCAACUAAAACCAGGCAAGAGAACUUGGAGGGGAAGAGAACUAAAACUGAAAAAGCACCCCCCCCCAAAAAAAAAAAAAAAGGUUGAGGGAAAAGGGUAUAAGGAAAUCUGUUCU